UAUUAAAAGAACAUUGUAUAACAUGUAUGAACAUUUACAUUGGACUAUGAAGACUGACUACAUUCUACAAAUAUGGAAAAGAGGCAAAUGCAAAGAAGAGAAUGGAGAACCAUGAUCCAGGUUUUAAAGUUCACGCUCAGACGGUCGUUGAUAUAUAUUUAAAUUACGACUGUGAAUUGUCUUUGCCGAAUAUCUUUCAAAGGUUGAUCAAUAAUUUGUCUAAAGUUGCCCAAGGAUGUCAAGCUUUUGAAUUAGGAGCGACACCAGUUCAAGAACGCAGUAUUCGUAUCAAAGGUCUGGAAUGUCUCGUUUCUAUUCUUAAAUGUAUGGUAGAAUGGAGCACUGAUUCUCAGGUGGACGAUAAUUUUGAUCUGGUUGAUGGUGCACCAACAAUUUCUCGAAAAGGAAGCACCGAGGAGAAUGAAAACGUAGUGGAGCCCGGUGAUUUACAAUCUCAAAAAACGGGGGGUAAUCAGUCGUCUCUUAAUAGUUCAAAAGCCAUCGAUAAUGCUGAAGAAUUUGAGAGUCUUAAACAGAAGAAGGAGACGAAAGAAAAGGGAAUUCAGUUGUAAGUUUGGUCAACAAUUUUGCUUAUCUUCUGUACUUUUAUUCAAUUUUACGGUUUACUUUAAGAUUUAACAAGA